AUGGGUAAUACUGCCUAAAACGUUAAAAGGUUUUAUACGUUUCGCCUAUCAUUAAUACCUUUUUUCUAAAAAAAAAAUAAAUAAAUAAACACAUGUAAGUUAAUAUGAUGGAAUUUACCACGGGUAACAUUAAAUUUUUUGCCAAGGGAGAAGUUUGUUGUUUGUAAUGGGACAUACAUUUUUUAAACUUUUUUUUCUCUUCAUCAUUAUUGCUUUUACGCUGUGUUUUAUGUGUUAAAUUAAGCUGAGGUGUAGUGAAUUGAACAUUUUGAGUUUGAAGAAAGUGCUCCUUGUGAUUUGUUCAUUUGGUAAUGCCAUUAGCAGAAUUGAUAAUUUUUCACAUGAACUUGAAGAGUAGUUAUUGGGAAUUUAUUGCUGUACAAGGAAAUGUUGUGUUUAAUGCGGGUUUAUUGUAGUAUGAAUUUGAAUUGCCUUAUAUUUAGCAAUUUAUCCAUUUGAUUAUGUGACACAUUUCAAAUUUUACAUUUACAUAAACUAAAAUUUAUUACUACGUUUGAGGUCUUCUUUUGUUUGAGCAUGGAUUUAAGUUCAAGAAAAUUAAACUUUAGAUAGAUGUACCAUGAAGUUUUGAGAACAGUAAAACGAUUCAAGUGAUAAUUUACAUGUUUUGUUAAAUUAAUGACUUAUUCCAAAGUAUUUAUCAAUAUAUUAAGGUUUUUUUGUGCAUAUUUUGACCUUUUUUUGGUAGUUUUCGUUGAAUUUAAAUGCCGUUUACAAUGCGUAAAUUACUUGAGGCAUGCCGCUUUAAAUACAUGUAACUAUCCUAUUUCACCUUUCGUACAGCUAUACAUAAUUAUGUGUAUUAUGUAAAAUGAGAUGGCAAUACUACAUGAACAGCUAGUGGUUUAAAUCGAUGAUUGUGUAGGGAUAUGGUGUGUAAAUAGAGAAUUUUUUAUCUAAAAAAACAAUGAUAUUUUCUAUGAUAGUGAUGUUUAGAAAAAAUAAACUACUUUUAUUUGGAACGUUGUUGAUCGUUUUAGAUAGAUCGUUAGGCGUAACUCGGAUGGAAGACUUUUGUAACCAGGAGCUAAGACUUCCCUUGCAGUGGAUAUAUCAAACAAAGCUUCAACUCACUGAUGAUGACCUGUUUGAGAAACCAGAUUCAGAUUACCCAUACAAUAGGCUUGGUUAUUGCGAAACAAUCAUUGAAACGUGGUAUUAUUCAUUCACUAGAUUAAUGUUCUAUUUUGAAGAUCUUGACCUUGACUGUGAUAAAGGUCAUCUUGAAUUUUACGUUGGUGAGAAUUCGGACGAUCGGAUUAAAGGAUCGUGUCCAAGUUACGGUUACGUAUGUGACAAUUCACUAUGCAUAGAGGAAAACAUCAGGUGUAAUGGUUUCGAUUCGUGUGGAGAUGGUUCCGGUUGUGACCUUACGGGUGCUGCAUUGAUUGGUGUAGUCAUAGGAGGCAUUGUUGGUGUUUUGUUGAUCAUCAGCAUUAUUGUGUCUUUUGUAUGUUGUUUCAUACACAGGAAAGAUACUGCCGGCACAUUGCAGAACACUGCUGCGACUACACAAGCAGUAACAUAUGAAUCCCAAGCGGCAAGUUGUCAGCCUAUGAUAGAGAUGAACCAGGGAUCAACUUUUCCCACAAACACAACAACUUAUCCAGUUGAUUCACAAGCUGAUGUAGCAAACCGAGACAUAGACCAACAAGUCAAUUAUCGCGCCUCAAUGAUUGACUUCAAGGAGGGGACAAAUUUUCAAUACCACCAAACAUCUUAUGAUUCACAUCCAGAAACGAGUGGAGACAUUGAUCUGUCUGCCCCUCCUCCCUCUUAUGACGAAAUUAUCGCAAAUUCAAGGAAACUGAUUGUAAGAUGAUAUGUUGAAUUUUUGAGAAUAUGGAAAAUGAUACACAAUCAUUUUAUUUAAUUGACUGGGGAUCAUAAUGCAAUGAUGUUGGGAAAAGUAAGACCGGGUUGCAGAAUCUUAUCAUAUUUUACAUGAUUUGUUUUGCAUGAAGAUAAUACACAAGGUAGAAUAUUGUUUAGAAAAUGUAAAGACUGUACUGUGGAUGAAUUUGGAAAAUUGUUGUCGGAGUUUUGUAAAGCUACUCUGGUGUUAGAAUAUUAAAUGACAGAGGUUGUGAAGAUAAUGAUAAAAGUAAACAUACAUGUGUAAAUACACGAGGCACCAGUGAAGUAGAAUAAGUUUAAUGUUGAACUGGUUUUGUAAAGUACGAGUACAAUUUGAAGUAGGUGACCCAAAUAUUUUGUCUGAUCAUUGCUGUGUGCCAUAAAUUUAAAAUGUAGCAAAAUAUCCGGUGAAAAGGAACACAUUUUGUUUCGAAAGUUAUGGUUUUAAUACACCUUCACUUAUAAAUAGGAAAAAAGGUAAAGCAAUGAUGAAUACAUAGUUAUUUUCUCUAUGUUUAAUGAUAUAUAGAAAAAUAAUUCAUACUAAAUUGAUUAGAAGAUAUUGAUUUGGGUAUUUAUACAGAUGAUAAAGUGACUUUGUCUGAAAGAAAGGUGGAUUAUAAAAAUAAUAAACAUUAUUAGAAACACUGUUAUAGGUACGUGUUAAAUGUGCAAAGACAAACAAGGGAGUUGACUUAGGACAUUUCUCUAAAAUUGUUAAAAUUUUUACAUAUCAGGGAGUUGUUGUUUUACUGUAGGUGUUCUUUUAAUAUGACUUUUGAAAUACCGUGUGGACAAGCAUUAUUUUAUAUAUAUAUUUAUACAAAAUUGAUAUAAAGAAUUAAGAAACUCAUCAAAAGCACGAAAUAUUGUGUAUUAUUUUGUGAUUUUGAUUGGAAGUAAUCUAUGUCAAUGGUUAAUAUUGAAAGGUUUAGGAAAUCGUUAUUACACUUCAGACCGACUUCACAUAGAUCAAAGGUAGAAACAUAUAGAUGACAAAAACUCUAAGUAAAUCUUUUAAAUGAAAGAACAUGAUAUAUCUGCUGAAUUUCAUGUAUUUUUGGAAUGUCUCAAUGACUUAAGGAAUCAACUUAUAAGUUAAAGUUUUGAACAGGGAAAUAACCAAGUUUGCACUAAUUGAUUGAAUUGUUAAAAUCACAAAACGACAAUGUUGUAAGACAUUUUAUCUAUGUAAAUUUGUUAAAUGUUGAAUAAAGAACAAAGGUUGAUUAUUAACAAUGUACAUGUAUAUAAUUGAUACCGUAUGUAAAAUGUGUGCCAUUGUUACCAUUUGCUGUACACUUGCUUUUUAUUCUCUCUAACUAACAUUUGAUGUACAUUUUAUGAUAGAAAAUGACAUAUGCACAAUGACCUUGACAUUAGUUUCUGUAAAUAUGUCUAUUACUAUGUACUCAUGGGUAUAUUACCCACAUAUUUUUUAAAUAAAUAAAUAAAUAAAUA